AUGAAAUUCGGGGUUAGCUGGUUAUGUGCGACCCUUAGUGCGACAGCCAUAUUUCUACAACGCGGUGAUGCUCGUUCCCAAGCCCCGCCACCUAUCCAACAUGUCUCCGAACUCGAGAACGUCGUAAUACACACCCCUUCACACCGAAUACACUCCCAGUCCAAUUUCGACAUCACAUUCACGAUACACAACCACGCGGAACCAAUCAAGCUAAAACUCGAACCCAACCAUGAUGUUUUAGCCGAGGAUGCAGAGGUGCAAUACCUAAAUGCUGAUGGUACCAUCAGACAUACGGAAAGCAUUGAUCGCAGAGAUCACCGGGUGUUUAAAGGGUCGGCAUUCACUGAGAUUGAGCCAGAUCACUGGACAUAUGCCGGCUGGGCACGAGUCUAUGUCAAACGCGACGGGCCUAAUCCUCUGUUCGAGGGUGCGUUUAGUCUGAUGCACGACUAUCAUAAUAUAAAACUACGCUCGAGUUAUAUGCGGUCGCGAUCCGAUUUCGAUGUCAUACCCGCAGAGAAGGAUGAGGAUUAUAUGGUGAUCUUCAAGAAUUCAGAUAUGUAUUGGGAUGAAGAGCAUACAGAACUCAAACGAUCUCUUCCAGAUCCUUCCUGUGAAGCGGACAAACUGGACUUCAAUACAGACCCGAAUCAUCCUGUCUUCCGACCUCCGCAGCAGUCACCCAACCUUGCCUCCAUGUCCUUUGACCAGCUAUUGGGCCUGUCCAAGCGGCAGUCUGACACCGGCAACGUUGCUGGAAAUGCAGGAGGCAUUAAUUUGGCGUCGACAAUCGGGGAUACCACGGGCUGUCCCAACAGUAGGCUGGUGGCUCUAGUCGGCGUGGCUACUGAUUGCAAUUUCUUGAAUGCUUUUGGUAACAAUGAGUCUGCAGCUCGCGCGGAUGUGAUUUCAAUGUUUAAUUCUGCGUCAAGUGUGUAUGAGAGAACGUUCAAUAUCUCGUUGGGUUUGAAGAAUUUGACCAUGAGUCCCGCUGAAUGUCCUGAUGUGCCGUCCAAGGCCGCGCCGUGGAAUCUGCCGUGCACGUCAGGGAAUGUUUCUUCGAGAUUGUCAGAUUUCACGGCUUGGCGUGGCGAACAGAGUGAUGAGAAUGCUUACUGGACUUUGAUGACCAACUGCCCUACUAAUUCUGAGGUCGGAGUGUCUUGGUUAGGACAGUUGUGUGUUCAUGGAUCGACCAAUGCUUCGGUUGCAGGAGCAAAUGUUGUAGUCAAGACAGCGACUGAGUGGCAGGUUUUUGCACACGAGACUGGACAUACGUUUGGUGCUGUACAUGACUGCGACCCCUCGGCAUGUCAACAAGGACUCCAGACAACAUCACAAUGUUGUCCACUGACUUCGAGCACCUGUAACGCCAAUGGGCAGUACCUCAUGAACCCGUCGACGGCGUCAAAUCUCGAAAACUUCUCACAAUGCACAGUCGGCAAUAUCUGCUCGGCCAUAGGUCGAAACAGCGUCCGAUCCAACUGUCUGGUCAACAACAAAGACGUAGUCACCUAUACCGGCAGCCAGUGCGGCAAUGGUAUUGUAGAAAGCGGCGAAGAUUGCGACUGCGGAGGCACAGCAGGGUGCGGCGACAAUGCCUGCUGCGAUCCUACCACCUGUAAAUUCAAAAACAGCGCAGUCUGCGACGAUUCCAACGAACCAUGUUGUUCCGGCUGCCAAUUCAAAACCGCCAACACAACCUGUCGCGCCAGCACAGGUCCCUGCGAUAUCGCUGAAGUCUGCUCAGGAACAUCCGGCUCCUGUCCCGCCGACAAAUUCGUCGACGAUGGCAAGAGCUGCACACGUGGAAAUGCUACAGGACUCACUUGCGCCAGCGGACAAUGCACAAGCCGUAACCAGCAAUGCCGCACCAUUCUCGGCGCCGUCCUAGGUAGUAACGACACCUACGCCUGCGACGAUUCCUCAUGCACACUAUGGUGCGCAUCAUCCAUACUCCCCUCCAAUCAAUGCGUCAGCAUGCAACAAAACUUCCUCGACGGAACGCCCUGCAACGGCGACGGCCACUGCGAUAACGGGCAAUGUAUGGGAUCCUCAGUGGGCGGCGAAAUCAAGUCAUGGAUUGACCGGCACAAACCUCUCGUUAUCGGGCUGGCCGCUACUAUUGGCGGAUUACUUGUGUUAAUUCUAUUGAGUUAUAUCACCUCCGCGUGCCGACGACAGAGGUAUAGAAAGGUGGUUCCUGCGCCCCUGCCUGAUGGGAGACGGUAUCAGGGAUAUCGUGGACCACCUGCACCACCACCAGGUGCUGGAUGGUGGUCGGGUCCAAUGCCGCCUGCGACGCAGCAGCAAAGGAGUCCCGUGUAUGGCGCGCCACCUGCAUAUGCGCCGCCUGGAUAUGAUCAUAAUGGAGCGCCAUGGCCAGGGGUGCAGCCACGAUAUGCAUAG